ACAUAAUUUCACUUUUCAACUAAUAUAAGAAACAUUUAAAACGCACUCGAGGGAUUGAUUCCUUAGAGUUUUUCCAGAUACAGUCCCCAGGUUACGGCGGAGUCUCCAUUCCCGGCAGGGUGCUGUAAGCUGUAAAUCGCAUUAACCCGAAUCAUCAUAAUUAUAAUGGCAAUAAAUACAAAAGCGAUGUAAGUCCGGGUUACAGCGUAAAGAAGGUUAACAGUACGAUGAGCUAAGCGCCUUAAGUCUGGAACGACUUAACCCAAACCUGAUGUAACCUGGGGACUGACUUACCUGGAUUCUUUAAUAAAUAUUUAAGCAUUAGUUAAUCGUAGUUUGAGAAAAUUAAUCUGCUACAAUCACUAUUUAAGAUAGAAAUGGCAUACAAAAUUUCUGUAAGAAAAAUUCAUUAUAUCUGGAUUUUGUUCCUAACUUAAUCAAGGAUACUCCUAUAGGAGAUCCUCCCACAAGCAUGGAGCUUAACGCAGCCCAUUGCCCAGCUCCAGUCCACGAUUCUUCUUCACCAUCUCCUCUGUCAGCCGAGGAUGAACCUCCAGCAGACCUCAUAGUUACACCUUCUCUCGGCGACCAGGAACUGCCCGACCAGGAGUCAGCCUGGAGUCUUACCCUUACGACGACUAUCGCAGCAGCCGAAUUGAGGGACUCCCCUGCAGUAGGUUCCACCUCUACAAUGAUUGCUGCAGAUGCUGAAGUAGGGUGUUCGCCUGUAGUCCCUAGGGCUACCACUGCCUCUGCUCCCGAUGGCGUUUCUGGCCUUUGCCCAGAGUUGGUGCCUCCGUCCACUCCUAGGACUGGUGUAGGCAGGCCCUGGAGAAAUGAGAAGACAAAGAAGGGAUGUAACAAAUUCACGAACUAACCAAAGAGCCACAUGCUCUCCUCGGCACCUGUGCCCUAGGUACAGUGUCACAUUAAUUUGCAGGGUUAUCCUGGCACCUACCCAGAGAAGGUAGCCAGCCUUAUCUCUGCCAGUAGACUAAUCCUCUAACCCUUAGAAGUUGUACUACUAACCCUCACCUAAAUGUCAAGAUUACCUCAUUAAAUUUCCAUCCUGGUACAUUACUAACCAAUCAUCACUCUCAUGCAUCAUUACCUCAUCUUACAUAUUUUAACAAUUCAGGUUCAAUAAACCUCCAUUAUUAUGUACUACAUUCUGGAAUGAUUGUGUCUCUAAUUAAUUGUAAUGCGUAGGUUAGGCUAAUAAUUUAGUACCAGGGCACUAGGGUAGUAGCAAGUAGAAUUAUCAAGUAACCUUACAUAGGGGUAGAGUUGCCUGUCAUUACAGACGACCAGUAGUUCUCAUUUAGGCUAGACUACAUCAUUAAUUCAUCAAGUUAGUACACAUAGCAUCUCCACCUAUAAGUUAGGUAGACCAUUGUAGCUAGCCGUAUCGCUGCUCUAAAACCUCAGUUAGAGAAGGAGAACUGUUUAGUUGAGGCGAUAGACUUAUUAGCCAAGGCCUUCACGCCUGAAAGAGAGUGAAUACCUUCUUAACAGGGGGAGCUUUUACGUUUGUAGAUCGCCUCGUCUACCCAGCUGUUAUUAAAUUAAAUAUUUACUAGAAGAGCAGCCAUUUUUACUCCCACCUUUAAAGCAUUGGGGGGUUUGGCAUGUCUGGUCUGGGGUGAAAAUAAUCUGUUAACAACUAGACCUUAUUUAGGGUAAGAAGGGCAGGUCGCAGGGGUUAUAUGGGCUUCUUGGUAGGCUUUAGGUACUCCUAGCUUUAGACCUCUUUCCCCACAAAUCUGCUGGCUGUGUUUUUGCAUCUUUCCAGACAAUGCUGUAGUCCGUGAGUGAUCCUAGGCCGCUUGAAAAUGCCCUGAUUCGGUCUCAGUCCACUCCAGCUACUUAAGCGGGCAGAUGUGCUUGCCUCUGACUGACUUGUUGUCAGCCCUUUGUUUCGUCAUCGCUGGUUUGGUCCCUCACCAGACAUCACAAUAUAUGUGCAAGUCACUAAGGACUAAAGGUAAUGAGAUUACCGCUUGGAUAACACUCUACACAGAAAGAAAUAAUUUUCAAAAUGGCGAAUAGACUUACAGAGGAUUACAUUGUGGGGUCAAAAAACUCCGGAUGGAAAAAAGGUACAAAAACUUGAAUCAGCUGACUUUGAAAUCAUCGUAUCUGAUACUUUUGAAGACAAGUCUUCUGCACUGAAUGGCAACAUUGGCUUAAAACUUAGCUUUUUUGGAGGGAUGGUGGAUGUGUCUGGUUCUGGGAAAUACCUUGACAACAGAAAAUCUUCAAAUCACGUGGAAAGGGUAACCUUAAAAUACAAAUGCACAACUAAAACUGAAACAAUGACGAUGGAACAGUUAGGGAAGGGAAAGAUUGAGCACCCAGAAGUUUUUGAUCAUGGUGCCGCCACGCAUGUUGUAACAGGGAUUACAUAUGGAGGCAAUGCUUUCUUUGUUUUCGAGAAGGAGUUGUCUUCAAAUUCAUUAGACAAGAAUGUUAGCGGAAAUCUUCAUACUAUAGUCAAGUCCAUUCCAUCCUUGGAGAUUAAUGGGAAAGGAGAGUUAGAUCUAAGUGAAGAUGAGAAAAAGGAAUCCCGGAAAUUUAGCUGCAGGUACUUUGGAGAUUUUUUACCUAAAGAAAACCCAUUGACAUUUGAAGAAGCUGUUCGUCUAUACAAAGAGAUGCCAAAUAUCAUUGGAAAAAAGGGAGAAAAUGCUGUACCAAUAAUUGCAUGCUUAUAUCCACUUGCCAAACUAGACAGCAAGGCUUCUAAACUUGUCAGAGAGAUCAGUGCUGUUCUUGUUAAGGACACAGAAAAUUAUUUGGAAGAUCUGUAUAAACUGGAUGUGAAAUGCAAUGAUCUUCUGAGAUCAGAAGCAGUUAAUAAUUUUCAUGGAAUUAAAGCAGAAAUUCAGGAAUUUAAAUCUUUAUUGGCUACUUAUAAACUGGUAUUUCAAAAAGAGGUAGCACAAAUUCUUCCAAGUAUCAGAGGUGGAAAUAAAGAGGAGAGUGAGUUAGCAAAUAUGCUGAAAAAAAGGGAUUUCUCUCCAUUUCGAAAUGAAGCUCUAUGCAGAUGGAUGGCAACAAAAGAAAGCCAAGUAAAAAUACUUUUGCAAUACACUUUCUCUCUUCAGCAGAUUGAGUUUGCAUCAAAGCCAGGCGACUUACAGUCAAAGGUUAUGAGUCCUCAUCAUUCACAAGUUCUGUGUUUUUCAAUUUUGAUCCCUAAAUCUGAUUCACAUUUGAUAAACAUGUCAAAAUACAUCAAAGAAGAGGAUCUUAACAGUGAUUUGGACUUCACAGCUGGAAAUGCUAAAAUCCCUCUGAGGAUAACAGAAAAUGAAAGUUCAAUGAUGGAAAAGGCAAGAAAUUUCAGAGACUUCUUUGAUAAUAAUAAAGAGAACACUGAUGUUAGCUUCCUUGUUGCAGAGGACGUUUCUGAUUCAAAUGAAUUCCAAGCUAAGACAAAGUACUAUAAUAAUGGUAGACUCCUCAAUGAAGACUUUGCAAUACCUUCUACCCCAAGGAAAGUAAAUGUAAACAAUAUUGCUACUACACAUGAGAGCAUUUUGGUUCAGUGGGAAAAACCCCUUCAUGGUGCAUCAAACAUCGACCAGUACAAGAUUGUCUGUGAAGACACUACUGGAAAUAAUCCACCUAUUAUUCAGAAUGCAGAUUCUAAUGUUACAAGUCAUUGCAUUCAGGGUCUCAGUCCUGGCUGUGAGUAUAGUGUUAGCAUUCAGUGUUCGCUAACUUGGAGUUAGUGUUAAGGGCCAAAUAAGUGGCGCUGUUAAAACAAGGCCAACUAGUCCACCUGGGAAACCUGAGGCCUGGCAGAUAUGUUCUUCAGAAAUAUGGAUUAAGUGGUCAAAGCCGCUUCACAUUGGUUCUCAGUGCACAAGAAUCAAAUAUUUAGUUAAGCAACAAGAAGAAGGGUCUGACUGGAAAGUAGUAAGCUCAUUGCCAUUUGAAAAUCAAUCAAUUAAUAUGUAUUUAAAUCCAAACGUUACCUGUAGGUUCAAGGUUUAUUGUGAGAGUGAACACUGUGGCAAGAGUCUUGAUAGUGAAUUAAGUAAUGAUUUGAGGAUAGAAAUGAAGAAAGAUGUGGUCUUUAAAUCUCAUUUAUGUAGGCAAUCAGUGAAAAUAAAGGAUGGUAAUAUCAAGAUAUAUAAGCCAAAUCUAAAACUUGUUGCAUCUCACAAGAAAUAUAAACUUCAGAAAUUUGAAUUUGGAAAUGGGAAAGAUGCCAUGCCAGAAAAGGUCAUCAUGCUUGUUGGUUCUACUGGAUCAGGUAAAACCACUUUAAUCAAUGGACUAAUUAACUAUGUAUUUGCUGUUAACUGGGAUGAUAACUUUCGUUUCAAAUUGAUCACAGAGCCGGAAAGUGACAACCAAGCCAAAAGCCAAACUAGUGAAGUAUCACCGUACACAAUGCAUCACCAAGAAGGUUUUAGAAUACCUUAUUCUCUCACAAUCAUUGAUACACCAGGUUUUGUCGAUGUUCAAGGCAUAGGAAGAGAUCAGGAAAUUACAGAACAAAUACGCAAAUUUUUCACAACGAAAGGUGUAGGAGGUGUUGACAAAAUUGAUGCAGUUGGAUUUGUUGUUCAGUCAUCUCUUCCAAGACUUACUCCAACGCAUAUUUACAUUUUUGAUCAAAUACUGACACUCUAUGGAAAGGAUAUUGGUGAUAACAUAUUCCUGUUACUUACUUUUGCUGAUGGACAAAAAACCUCAAGUCCUUAGUGGCAUUAAAGAAGAAACGAUACCAUACAGAAAAUUCUUCAAAUUCAACAAUUCUGCACUAUAUGCACGUUGCAAAGAACCAGAAAGGGAAGAACAAGAUAAUGGUGAUGACGAAGUCAGUACCUUCGAUACCAUGUUUUGGGAAAUGGGAGAGAAGAGUUUUGUGAGACUUAUAGAAGGCCUGAACUUGACUCAGAGUAGGAGCCUCACCCUAACUAAAGAGGUUCUAGAAGUUUCAGUAACUGGCCUCCAGGUAGAUAUUCAGACUGGACUGCAUAAAUUAGAUCAACUAAGGAAUGAAGUAGAAGUCCUCAUAACACAUCAGGCUGAUAUUGACAGGAACAGGAACUUCACCUACACAGUUACUGAAGAGACCUUUGUGACAGAGCCAAUUCCUGAUGGACAGUUUAUAACAAACUGUCUAGAGUGCCGCCGUACUUGCCAUGAAAACUGUGCUAUAAGGAAUAAUGAUCAAAAACAUGGAUGCUGGGCGAUUACAGAUGAGAAUUGUCGUAUUUGCCCUGGUCAGUGUCAUUGGAAAAUGCAUGGAAAUAUCCCAUACAAAUAUAUUUGUAAGCAGGUUGAAGUAACAAAAACUGCAGAGGACCUAAGGCGUCGAUAUGAAGAGGCAACGGAAAAGAAACUUUCUGCUGAACAACUUGUAAAAGAGGUAGAGGAAGAAUUUGAGGCAGUUCAAAUAAAGGUUCUGGGUAUGACCGAAACUGUGAGAAAAAGCCUCAAGAGACUGAAAGAAAUCGCACUGAAACCGAAUCCUCUCUCUACCGUGGAGUACAUAGACAUCCUGAUCGAGUCUGAGAAAUCACAAGCCCAACCAGGAUGGCAGACUCGGGCCAAGCACCUGCAGGCUGUCAGGGAAAAGGCGAAGUACAUGAAGGAAGUCGCUGACAAGGGAUUUGACCCUUUCUUGGAGAUCAAGAAAAAGAUAGAAGAAGAAAACAAACAAAAGAAGAGUGGCUACUGGUCUCAAACUAAGAACUUUAUUAAGAACAUUUUUACUUAGAUUAUGUUUUGAAGAUCAUAGAUCCUAUUGACUUCUUUAUUAAAAAAAUACUUGUCACCAAAGCUUUUAUAUUGAAGUUAUAUAUAUAUAUAUAUAUAUAUAUAU